AUGGCCAUCGAAUGUAACGGUAUCCGUACCUCUGUAGAUGUUCCGUCCAACUUUGGUGUAGAAAACGUUGGGAGAGGCCAGGGCAAGAAGCAAAAGAGCGGUCUCGGGGAGAGGAGCAAGUCUCUGGGCCUUGCUGAUUACAUUGCGGCCAUGAGUCACUUCGCGAAACGCUGCUGGCAAUAA